CAUCAUAGUAACCAUGGUUCAAGGCUCUUUCAAGCGUCAAGUCGAGGUUGGCCGUGUUGUCCUCAUCAACUACGGUACCGAUAGCGGAAAGCUCGCUGUCAUCGUUGACAUUGUUGACCACAACCGUGCCCUCAUUGAUGGCCCCACCACCGGUGUCAGCCGUCAGGCUUUCCCCUUCCGCCGCAUGACCUUGACCCGUUUCGUCGUCAAGGAUCUUCCCCGCGGUGCUGGUCAGACCGUCCUCAAGAAGUACUUGGAGAAGAACCAGACCGUUGCCACCUGGGAGAAGUCUGCCUGGGCCCAGAAGCUCGCUGUCCGCAAGGUCCGUGCUGGUCUCACCGACUUUGACCGUUUCAAGGUCCAGAAGUUCAAGAGCCAGCGCCGUUACGCUGUUGGUGCUGCUGUUGCCAAGGCCACCAAGGCCGUUUAAACAAAAAAAAAAACAUCACCAACAAUAAAAUAAAACCAGAAUGAUAAUAAUAACAAUAACAAUAAUAAUAAUAAAGUAAUAGUAGUAUGACAUACAUUAUUAUUAUCUUUGUCUUCUUCUUUGUCUUCUGGUUUCUUAUGUGUCGAAAAUAUAUAUUAUAUUAUUUUGUAUUAUAUAUGUAUUGGGAUUAAGAAAGUGAACAAAAGUAAAGAAGUGUAUUAUAUAUAUAUAUGUCAAUAUGUACUUCUUAUCGCUUUUUCCAUGAAUGUGCAUAGACUUUUUCAAAGUCCAUAGUACCCACCGUUCUAUCCCAUUCAUCUACUGUCUUGAUAUACAACCGCCGUCCAGUUACUGGAUCUCCAAACAACUCAGCCCACCAUGCCAAAUUCUCGUCGUUUGUCACAAGAACCAGCCGUUCAGGUUUUCUGGAUGUCGAAGAUUGUGAUUGUGAUUGUGAUAGAUUUUCUUCACGGCGCUUGGCAUAAUAAUACAGCAAGCAGCUGAUAAUUGGUCGAUAUGCUUUUGGAACGUCACUGCAGAUCAGAGGAGGCUCGUCUUCUUCGUCUUCUUCGUCUUCCUCUCCUCCUCCUUCUCGAUCGUCUUCAUUUUCUUCGUCUUCUUCAUCUGUUUCUUCUCCGGCCUCACUCUCACUUUCCAAUUCUUCGUCUUCAUCAAAACGACGUCUCUUGAACAGUUCUUCUCCAGAACUUGAAUCAGAGUCAGACUCAGACUCAGAGUCAGAAUCAUGAUUAUGGUCAGAAUCAAGUGUCUUGGCUCUCUUUCCAUCCUCUCCUUCGUCUUCGUCUUUUUCGUCCUCGGUCUUGAGAUUUUCAUCAUCAAGGUCGUCAAUAUCUGUCAGAUUUGCCCCACUCAACGACUGCCGUGACUCCUCUCCAAUCCAG